AUGAUCACAUCAUACCGGACAUGGGAAAGCUGGCAUGAACCCCGGGCAGUCAAGGCAUGGACCACGGCACUGGUGCCGCUGGCCGAGGAGGAGGCCAAGGAGGAGGAAGAGGAGGAAGAGGAGGAAGACGAGGAAGAGGAGGAAGAGGCCGAGGAAUCGUUUGAGAUUACAGUCUUUGACGAGGCACAUGCUGCGGAACCCGACCUCUAG